GGAAGAGGAAGGGGACGAGGACAACGAGCGACUGGGCGGCGGAGGACGCGGAGGAAGAGGAGGUCGACCAACAAGAUGGCCCCUGCUGCCGGAGCAGCCUCAGCAGCAGCAGGUGGGGGGCCGGAGGCGGCGCUGGCAGUGGCGGCCACGGCUGUGGCCCGGCGGCCUGGGACAAAGUCAGAAUCUAUGGUGGCAGCGGCGGCGGCGGCGGCGUCUGCCGCGACGGUGGCGACGACCGCAGGGACUCGGAGCUGAGAGGAGCUGCUGCUCGGACCAGCGCGGUUAUAUUUCACACUAUGUGCUGACUGUAUCUACAGAAGAUAUUUUAAAAAAAGAUAAACUUUUUUCCAAAAUUUUGAUUCCAGUGGAAUCUUUGCUUUAGAUUGUGUGUGUGUUUGUGUGUGUGUGUGUGUGUGUGCGCGCGCGUGUGUGUGUGUGUUAGUGAAUUGUAACUCCAGAAGCAAUGCCUGUACAAGCUCCACAAUGGACGGAUUUCCUCUCCUGCCCAAUUUGCACUCAGACUUUCGACGAAACAAUUCGAAAGCCCAUCAGUUUGGGCUGUGGCCAUACUGUCUGCAAGAUGUGCCUGAAUAAACUCCACCGUAAGGCUUGCCCGUUUGACCAGACCACUAUCAAUACAGACAUUGAGCUCCUUCCGGUGAACUCAGCAUUGCUGCAGCUAGUGGGUGCUCAGAUCCCUGAGCAACAGCCCAUUACUUUGUGUAGUGGGGUUGAAGAUACAAAGCAUUAUGAAGAAGCCAAGAAAUGUGUAGAAGAAUUAGCAUUGUACCUGAAACCACUCAGUAGUGCUAGAGGAGUGGGUCUGAAUAGCACUACUCAGAGUGUUCUGAGUCGCCCAAUGCAAAGGAAGCUUGUAACUCUGGUCCACUGCCAGCUAGUGGAAGAAGAAGGCAGGAUUCGUGCCAUGAGGGCUGCUCGAUCUUUAGGUGAACGAACAGUUACAGAGCUCAUUCUCCAGCACCAGAAUCCUCAACAACUCUCGUCUAAUCUUUGGGCAGCAGUCAGGGCUAGGGGCUGCCAGUUCCUUGGACCAGCAAUGCAGGAGGAAGCUCUCAAGCUGGUUUUGCUGGCCUUGGAAGAUGGCUCUGCUCUGUCACGAAAAGUGUUGGUUCUCUUUGUGGUACAAAGAUUGGAGCCACGCUUUCCUCAAGCCUCUAAAACUAGCAUUGGACAUGUUGUUCAGCUCCUUUAUAGAGCCUCCUGCUUCAAGGUCACCAAACGUGAUGAAGACUCUUCUUUAAUGCAGUUGAAAGAAGAAUUUAGAACCUAUGAAGCUUUGCGGCGAGAGCACGACUCCCAGAUAGUACAGAUUGCUAUGGAAGCAGGCUUAAGAAUUGCACCAGACCAGUGGUCCUCUUUGCUUUAUGGAGACCAGUCUCACAAAUCUCAUAUGCAAUCUAUUAUCGACAAGUUGCAGACCCCAGCCUCUUUUGCACAGAGUGUUCAGGAGCUAACAAUUGCUCUUCAGCGGACUGGAGACCCCGCUAACUUGAACCGACUAAGACCUCAUUUGGAGCUACUAGCAAACAUUGACCCUAGUCCAGAUGCUCCUCCUCCUACGUGGGAACAAUUAGAAAAUGGCCUGGUUGCUGUUCGUACAGUAGUACAUGGGCUAGUUGAUUAUAUCCAGAACCACAGCAAAAAAGGAGCAGAUCAGCAGCAGCCUCCACAGCACAGCAAAUACAAAACAUACAUGUGUCGAGAUAUGAAGCAGAGGGGAGGGUGCCCUCGUGGUGCCAGCUGUACAUUUGCACACUCACAGGAGGAACUGGAAAAAUUUCGUAAAAUGAAUAAACGUCUGGUUCCCAGAAGACCUCUGAGUGCCUCUUUGGGUCAACUUAAUGAGGUGGGCCUGCCUUCAGCCCCUAUACUUCCAGAUGAAGGUGCAGUGGAUUUGUCUAGCAGGAAACCUCCUACGCUACCAAAUGGAAUUGUAUCAGCAGGGAAUACAGUAACACAGUUGAUUCCACGUGGGACAGACCCCAGCUAUGAUUCUAGUCUAAAACCAGCAAAGAUUGAUCAUCUGAGCAGUAGUGCUCCUGGAUCCCCUCCUGACCUGCUGGAAUCUGCCCCUAAGUGUAUUUCUGCCUUACCUGUGAAUCCACAUCCUGUACCUCCAAGGGUGCCAACAGAUCUGCCUCCCAUGACUGUCACCAAGCCAAUUCAGAUGGUACCUCGAGGUUCUCAAUUAUAUCCAGCACAACAAGCAGAUGUUUAUUAUCAGGAUCCUCGAGGAACUGCCCCACCAUUUGAACCAACACCUUAUCAGCAGGGUAUGUACUAUACGCCACCACCAUGUGUGUCCCGCUUUGUCCGCCCUCCACCAUCUGCUCCUGAACCUGGUCCUCCAUACUUGGAUCAUUAUCCACCCUACCUCCAAGAUCGUGUUGUAAACUCGCAGUAUGGUACACAACCACAACAAUACCCACCUAUGUACCCACCUCACUAUGAUGGCCGACGAGUAUACCCUGCUCAGUCUUACACAAGAGAGGAGAUUUUCCGAGAAAGCCCUAUACCCAUUGAGAUUCCACCUGCAGCAGUACCAUCCUAUGUACCUGAGUCCAGAGAAAGAUACCAACAAGUGGAGGGUUACUAUCCAGUGGCUCCUCAUCCAACUCAGAUCAGACCUUCAUACCCCAGAGAGCCUCCUUAUAGUCGACUUCCUCCUCCCCAAGCCCAUCCUAGUCUGGAUGAGUUACAUCGAAGACGAAAGGAAAUAAUGGCCCAGCUAGAGGAAAGAAAGGUUAUCUCCCCACCUCCUUUUGCACCUUCACCGACAUUGCCUCCUACCUUCCAUCAAGAAGAAUUUUUGGAUGAAGAAUUGAAGGUGGCUGGGAAGUACAAAGCAAAUGAUUAUAGCCAGUAUUCUCCUUGGUCAUGUGAUACCAUCGGCUCCUAUAUUGGAACCAAAGAUGCAAAACCCAAAGAUGUUGUGGCAGCAGGGAGUGUGGAAAUGAUGAAUGUGGAAAGUAAAGGAAUGAGAGAUCAACGAUUGGAUCUUCAGAGAAGAGCAGUGGAAACCAGUGAUGAUGACCUCAUCCCAUUUGGAGAUCGUCCAACAGUAUCUCGGUUUGGCGCCAUCUCUCGAACAUCCAAAACACUAUAUCAGGGUGCCGGCCCAAUGCAGGCUAUGGCACCUCAAGGAGCUCCCACAAAAUCUAUUAACAUUUCAGAUUACAGUCCUUAUGGAGCUCAUGGUGGCUGGGGAGAUUCUCCAUAUUCACCUCAUCCAAACAUACCUUCUCAGGGACACUUCAGUGAGAGGGAAAAAAUGUCCAUGUCAGAAGUAGCCAGUCAUGGAAAACCCCUUCUGUCUGCUGAGAGAGAACAACUACGGCUAGAAUUACAGCAACUGAACCAUCAGAUCAGCCAGCAGACCCAGCUUCGUGGACUUGAGGCUGUUAGUAACAGGCUGGUGUUACAGAGGGAGGUGAACAACCUGGCAGGCCAGCCGCAACCCCCUCCACCACCUCCAAAAUGGCCUGGAAUGAUCUCAAGUGAGCAGCUCAGCUUGGAGCUACAUCAAGUGGAAAGGGAAAUUGGGAAGAGAACCCGGGAACUGAGUAUGGAGAACCAGUGUUCUAUGGACAUGAAAAGCAAAUUGAAUACAAGCAAGCAAACAGAAAAUGGACAGCCAGAACCACAAACCAAGGUCCCAGCUGAAGACCUUACAUUGACAUUCAGUGAUGUACCGAAUGGAUCAGCUUUGACACAAGAGAAUAUCAGCCUCCUGUCAAACAAGACCAGCUCUUUGAACCUAUCAGAAGACCCUGAGGGAGGAGGAGAUAACAAUGACUCCCAGAGAUCAGGAGUUACUUCCAGUUCUGCUCCCUAAAACAUGGGAGUACUGCUUCUAACUUCUGCCCCUAAUCAAUUUGUGGGGCAUCAGGGUAGAAGAAUGGAUAACUUCUAAACUUUUUCUCUGAGUGGUCAACAAAAUCCAGGAAAAGCGCCGGAGGCAAUGUGCACAAACACCACUACUAAAUAAACCCUGCACAUAGUUCACAUUAAUACAUUUUUUAAUUUAAAGAAAAAGAAAAUUAGCAGUAUCUGCAAGCAAUUCAGAUUAAAUUUGUUUUUGUUCUGUGAAUGAACUUUAUUUUAAUAACUUUGGACGCCUUGGAUCCAGGGCUUUAAAAAAGAAGAUAUUAUAUAUACACUCUGUUUGAUUAAUUGUAUGAUCUUAAUGAAGUAGGUUUUUCUUGUAUUUUGGUAUUAUUACAUACCCAGUGUAUAAUUCCUUUCUUCCAAUCCUUUCCAACUCUCUCAACCCUAUAAACUAAGACAGACAAAAAAUGCUGUUUUCAAGAUUUCUGUGGUAAUAGAUUGAGUUAUUAGAAACUGUGCAGCAAACUAAAUUUUAUUAGUGUUCUUGUUUACAUUUUCCCCCUUUCUGGAUCACUAGCUUCGUGGUUAGAUUCUUUUUUCAUGUGACAUUAAAACUUUGAGUAGGAUAGGGCUUUAGUUUCAACUUUUCAGAAAGAUAUUUAACAGAAAUUUUUUAGUUACACAUCUCCAUGGUAAGGAUUCUUUUCAUUCUCUUCAUGUAAUAUGAAAGCCAUUUUUGUGUUUACAUUGUUUACUUAGAUUUAAGUAAAGAUUAAGAAUGAAAGAAAGCUGGGCAUUGUGGUUCAUGCCUGUAAUCCCCAUGACUCAGGAGGUUGAGGCAGGAGAACUACCUUGAGUUUGAGGCCAUCCUGGGCUGUUAAGUAAUGAGACCUUGUCUCAGAAAGAAAAAAGAAAGAAAAGGCCUGUGUUGAGCUCAUGGUUGAAAUUUGGAGCUGUGCUUACAAAUUAAACUUUUGGUGAAAUCCUAGAAUGCCUAAAAACCAGGACAAUGAACUACCUUUUAAAACUAACAAUUGGAACUUGAAUAGAAACAUGUUAUUUAGGUAGAUAUUUUUGUUUUACUUUCAAGAGCAUAAAAGAGAUUUGGCAGAUACAAACUACAUGAGUCUUAAGAAUAGUUUAUGGAUUGAUCACAUGUUGCUAUUUAGAAAUAUCAGUAUAACUACAAACAACUUGAAGUUAGUUUUUAUAGACAGCUUUCUGGCAUUAAAAAAGUUUCUUUAUGGAAACAUUGAAGAGUAAGGAUUUUUUUUUUUAAGUUCUGCUGCACUAUUCUAAUGCUACAACUCUAUACUUAAUUAACUAAGUCCCUGUAAAAUGAGUUUAGUGGGGAUUAUUUCAUAUAAUUGCUCCAUUCCUCUGCCUGACAUUGUCUCCCUUUCUAGAUAAUACUACUAAAUGAGAAAGCACUGGUUAUGUAAUAAGUUACUGCAUUGCUUUGGUUGGGUAAAAGCAAAGUUUAUAUUUUUCUUAUUUCUUAUAUUCUUGACUUUUAACUCCUGCUGAGGUCAGAACAACCUCAGUCUAAGCUCUGUGUCCAUCGUAUUAAUAAUUGAAACAAAGCGGGGGAGGGGGGGAGGGUAAUAUAGUCCUGCCAUUGCCUACCAGUAGGAAGUCCAAACAGAACACUCAUUUGAGUAGCAAUUAUUUAAUUUGCCCAGUCAAGGCACCGUGUUUAUAUACUAUUUCACAUUGAAUUUGAUUAUGCCCUACAGACCUGGCUGGUCAAGGAUUUGAUAUACACAUAUUGGCUUGGGAUUCGAGCUUUCUUUUUUAUUUAAAUAAAAAUUUAUAUAUAUUAUAUAUAUAUACAUAUAUACAUAGCUAUAUCUGUAUAUAUAUCGGGUAUGUUUUAAAGAUUUCUUCGCAUGAGCGCAGCUGUUGCAAUGAAAAGACUGAUUGGGAGGUAGAAGCACUGAAUGAAGGUGAGGCAUUUUUCAGUUGAUGCAUACAUUUUCCUCAUUUUCCUUUUAAUUUUAAAUACACAUACAUUUCCUUUUUUGGCCUUUUUUAAAGAUAAAAAUCCUCUUAUAUUUACACUUUAAAUAUUAUUUAUUGAGAGAAGGAAAAAAACUUUUGUUCUGUCUGACAGAAUUUUCAUUUCUCUGCACAUCUAUAAAAUGUGACAUUGGCCUUGAGCCUACUGUAGGCAGAUUUGGGCAGAUCUUACCUACUUUGGACAGAUCGUUAAUUUCU